UAUGGAGGUUACCUUUUUUUUUUUUUCUCAUUGAUUUUUGGAAGCUUCUUCAUCGUCGAGCUCAGAAAUUUCAGCUUGAUUAGCUUAAAGUAGUAGGGUUUAGGGUUAGGGUUUGUUCCAGAAAAUUUUUACAGUUUUUCCUUGCGACGGAGGCGAAGGGUUUUCCGUGGGAACGGGUUUAGGGUUUUGAAUUGGGAGAAGGUGGUGGGGGUGAGGGUUAGGGUUUGGUGAAGGGAAUAUUGGAUGGCGGCCGUCAAUCCACAGCCUCUGCAAGCUCGAUCAAUCGAGGAGCACGGGAGGGCUCCAAUACAGGUAGAAGACGAUGACGGUGAUUACGAAGAUGGUGGUGAUGAUGGUAUGGAGGACAUGGAAGAGGUGCAUGUGAACUCCGUCAGCGUUGAGAAGCGAGGAGGAGGUGGGGGUGGAGGUGGAGGAGGAGGUGUGGUUAUGGCUUACAGGACCAGUGAGCUCACUCUGUCUUUUGAAGGCGAGGUGUAUGUCUUCCCUGCUGUUACACCUGAGAAGGUGCAAGCAGUGCUCUUGCUGUUGGGAGGACGUGAUAUACCAACUGGCGUGCCCACUGUUGAAGUGUCUUCUGAUCAGAAUACAAGGGGUGUGGGUGGCACUUCAAAGCGUUCAAAUCUUUCGCGAAGAAUAGCUUCCCUGGUUAGGUUUCGUGAAAAACGGAAGGAGAGAUGUUUUGACAAGAAAAUUAGGUACACUGUGCGUAAAGAGGUUGCACAGAGGAUGCUUCGUAAGAAUGGACAGUUUGCAUCGUUAAAACAAACUUCAGGUGCUUCUAGUUGGGAGUCGACUCAGAGUUGCCUUCAAGAUGGCACUCCUCAACCAGAAACUGUCUUACGGAGAUGUCAACAUUGUGGAGUUAGUGAAAAUAAUACUCCUGCAAUGCGCCGUGGACCUGCUGGCCCAAGAACUUUAUGUAAUGCAUGUGGUCUUAUGUGGGCAAAUAAGGGAACAUUGAGAGAUCUCAGCAAAAGUGGAAGGAACCUUACCGUCGACCAUAUAGAACCUGGGAUGCCGAUUGAAGCCAAGCCCGUAAUUGUUGAGGAAGAAAUCUCCAGAAACCAGGAUGAGCAUGGUACUCUUGGUGGUCUUUUAAAAAAAGUUGAUGAAGGAUCCAAUGAUGCUUCUGUCAACCCGGAUGAGGAAGUAUGUUUUGCAUUUAAGGAUUCGCAGGAAACUGCGGAAGAUCUUACUAACAGUUUUCCAAUGGGGAUUGUUUCUCCAGCCAAUGAUGAGCAGGAGCCGCUGGCUGAGCUUGCAAAUCCGUCGGAUACAGAUAUAGACAUCACUACUAAUUUUGAUUAGAAGGUGAGGAUUUGUUAGCCAAUUGAUGUCAGGAACUGUGGGUGGCAGUUGGGCCAUGCCGCAUUAGUUUCUCUCGUGACCUUGUGCAACAUAUAGAUGAAAGUUAUUGAACUUCUUAAGGACAGUCAUUUAGGGACUUUACGAGUUAAUCUGCAGUGAACCCCGGGAUCUUCUGAUUGGAACGAUCUUAUGAAUGGAGGCGCUUUGCUACUUUCAGAUAACAAUAGAUGAACCGGUGAUGGUUAACGACUUGUUUACAUAUGAUCUUCUGUACAAGAGUUGUUAGGAGAGAUGUGGUUGAGAGUGUCAAUCAUUAUCUAAUAUUAUUUGUAAUUUAUUUAGGUUUGUUUAGAUCAUCAGAUAAACUUACAGCCAACUGAUGAUGAUUGGUAUCAGAUAAACUUAUACCCGAAUUGAGUGUUAAAUGGUAUCAUACUAAUAACGUAUUAUAAUCCGCA